CCUAACUACGCUGGGCCAAACCCUCCCCUAACCACGCUGGGCCAAACCCUCCCCGAACCACGCUGGGCCAAACCCUCCCCUAACCACGCUGGGCCAAACCCUCCCCUAACCACGCUGGGCCAAACCCUCCCCUAACCACGCUGGGCCAAACCCUCCCCUAACCACGCUGAGCCAAACCCUCCCCUAACCACGCUGGGCCAAACCCUCCCCUAACCACAUUGGGCCAAACCCUCCCCUAACCACGCUGGGCCAAACCCUCCCCUAACCACGCUGGGCCAAACCCUCCCCUAACCACACUGGGCCACUCCCUCCCCUAACCACGAACGACGCUGGGCCAAACCCUCCCCUAACCACGAACGACGCUGUGCCAAACCCUCCCCAAAACAAGCUGGGCCAAACCCUCCCCAAACCACGAAUGACGCUGUGCCAAACCCUCCCCUAACCACGCUGGGCCAAACCCUCCCCAAACCAUGAACGACACUGGGCCAAACCCUCCCCUAACCAUGCUGGGCUAAACCCUCCCCUAACCACGAACGACACUGGGCCAAACCCUCCCCUAACCACGCUGGCCAAACCCUCCCCUAACCACGCUGGGCCAAACCCUCCCCUAACCACGAACGACGCUGGGCCAAACCCUCCCCUAACCACGAACGACGCUGGGCCAAACCCUCCCCUAACCACGAACGACGCUGGGCCAAACCCUCCCCAAACCACGAACGACACUGGGCCAAACCCUCCCCUAACCAUGAACGACGCUGGGCCAAACUCUCCCCUAACCACGUACGACGCUGGGCCAAACCCUCCCCUAACCACGUACGACGCUGGGCCAAACCCUCCCCUAACCACGAACAACGCUGGGCCAAACCCUCCCCUAACCACGCUGGGCCAAAUCCUCCCCAAACCACGAACGACACUGGGCCAACCCCUCCCCUAACAACGUACGACACUGGGCCAAACCUUCCCCUAACCACGUACGACGCUGGGCCAAACCUUCCCCUAACCACGAACAACGCUGGGCCAAUAGAGAGGCACUUUAGAGACAGGAAGGGUAAAGGGGCAUGUGCUCUACACAGGUAGAGUCCUAUCUGUCCAAAGUGGGCACCAACACUCACCUAAAUAUGCCAUUGGGUGAGAGAAGUUUUCAUUGUUUUUGGGCAGAAUUACUUUACCUUUAACUAGGCAAGUCAGUUAAGAAUAAACUAUUAUUUUCAUUGACAGCCUAGGAACAGUGGGUUAACUGCCUGUUCAGGGGCAGAAUGACACAUUUUUACCUUGUCAGCUCAGGGAUUCGGUUACGAGGCCAAUGCUCUAACCACUAGGCUACCAGCCACCCCAAUUAUGUGUUGUUAGCCAUGUGUCUUGGCCCAUUUAAAAAUAAAAAAAUUAUGUGGCCAUCGACAAUUUGUUGCCUAAUGGGAAGGUCAGCCCUGGAGGAAAGUAUUAGCUGUAUGAAGUAAAAGAGAACAUAACAUCUGGUUGUUUUAAAAUGACUUCUUAUGACAUUGUUCGCCAGAAUAAACGAUGGACUGGAGAUUUUACCAAUCUGCGUUACCCACUCCAGUCAGCAGAUGGCGAUGAGAGGCUUUCAGGUGAUGUUUCUUGCGUGACGUAUAAUCUAGUGGACGGAAAGCUUCAACGGCAGUAAAAGACUACUGAUUCAACCACUUCGUUAGCGCACAUUAAACCAGUCUUGUUAAUAUCAAUGUCAGUGUUUAUUAAACAUUAUUCUGUUUUACGUAUUGACGAGUUGAAAAAAAGAAGUUAUUUGCUUGUUAAAUGAAAUUGGCUAAUCUGUUCAAUUGUUAACGUUACUGCACUAGGCUAAUCGCUAAUGCUAACUAUCUAGCUAGCUAACAUCCCGACCAUGAGCUCACUAAGAUAUUCGGAGAAAGAAGCUCGAGGGCUGAACAUCAUCGUAAAAGAAGAAGAGGAAGAAGCUUUAAGAAUAAAAAAGGAAGAAGAGGUGGAUAUUACAUUGAAAGAAGAGAAAGAACCUUUUGGAGUAAAAGAGGAAGAGGAGGCUAUCUCAAUAAAUGACGAGGAGGAGGAGACUGAAGAUCCUGCUAACACCAGAGAGAGACAUGACUAUCGUGGAUCCUCUGCGGAGCCUCAACAACAUCCUGAUGCUGACGAAGAAGAGAAGAGACUCUCCAGAUCAGAUCACCAGAUGGACAACGCUAGCCCUUCCUUCCUCCCGGAGUCGCCGUGUCGUGCCUCUCCCGGUAGCACCUCACUGCUGGGUAUGAAGAGGUUGUUUGUGCUGCUGGUGGACUGCAGGAAAACAACGGGGCUGAGUGGAACUGUGAGAGGUGGAGAAGAGAAGAAAGGAUCAGAUUUGACUCAUCAAAAAGAGCGACCCGACUCAGAGGAACCAGAGACGUCUGAACCAGUGAGACGACACCACUGUUCCCAGUGUGGAAAGAGUUUUACCCGUUUAUGGAGCCUUGAAAUACAUAAAAGAAUACACACAGGAGACAAACCUUACCACUGUUCCCAGUGUGGAAAGAGUUUUACGUGGUUAAAUGUCUUGAAAAUGCAUGAAAGAAUACACACAGGGGAAAAACCAUUCCAAUGCUCUCAGUGUGGAAAGUGUUUUACACAGUUAGGGAAUCUUAAAAACCACAAGAGAACACACGCAGAGAAGAAGUCUUACAACUGUUCCCAGUGUGGAAAGAGUUUUAACCAUUUAGGGAAUCUUAAAAACCACAAGAGAACACACGCAGAGAAGAAGUCUUACAACUGCUCUCAGUGUGCAAAGAGUUUUACUCGUUUACGUAACCUAAAAUCGCAUGAGAGACGACACACAGGAGAUAAGCCUUACCAAUGCUCUCAGUGUGGUAAGAGAUUUAUUGAGUCAACAGAACUGAAAGUUCAUAAGAGAAUACACACAGGGGAAAAACCAUUCCAAUGCUCUCAGUGUGUAAAGACAUUUUCCCGACCAGGGGUCCUGAAAUUACACGAGAGAAUACACACAGGGGAAAAGCCGUACCACUGUUCCCAGUGUGGAAAGAGUUUUACAUAUUUAAAUGUCUUGAAAAUGCAUGAAAGAAUACACACAGGGGAAAAACCAUUCCAAUGCUCUCGGUGUGUAAAGACAUUUUCCGGACCAGGGGGCCUGAAAUUACACGAGAGAAUACACACAGGGGAAAAGCCGUACCACUGUUCCCAGUGUGGAAAGAGUUUUACUCAGUUAGGGAGUCUGAAAAGUCAUAAGCGAAUACACUCUGGAGAGAAGCCUUAUCACUGCUCCAAAUGUGGAAUUGCUUUUUCAAUGUUAAAGGCCUUGAAAAUGCAUGAGAGAAUACACACAGGUGAGAAACCUUACCACUGUUCUUACUGUGGAAAGAGUUUUAGAGGAUCGCAACAGCUGAAAUUACACGAGAGAAUACACACAGGAGAAAAGCCUUACCACUGUUCCCAUUGUGGAAUGAGUUUUAGGCAGUUAACGAGCCUCAAAGGUCAUAUGCAAAUGCACUCUGGAGAGAAGUCUAACACAUGUUCUCAUUGUGGAAAGAGUUUUCUGAGGUUAAGCAAUCUGAAAUCGCAUGAGCAAAUACACACAUACAAAAAGGAAAAGCUCUACCAAUGUUCCUUCUGUGGAAAGUGGUUUUCCCAGUUAGAAGCCCUGAUUAUGCAUGACAGGACACACACAGGAGGGGAUAAGACCUACCACUGCUCCCAGUGUGGAAAAAGAUUUAAUUGGUUAAGGCACCUGAAUAAGCAUGAAAGAAUACAUACACAGGAGGAGAAGACAUACCACUGCUCUCAGUGUGGAAAGACAUUUUCCCAGUCAGAGGACCUGAAAUCACAUGAGAGAAUAGAGAGGCUGUGUUCUGACUUGUGUUUCUGACUGAUCAUUUGUGUUUUUAUUUCAUGCCACGUGAAAUCAAAUUGUAUGUAUGAAACCAGAAAAAAAGGUUUACUUUUGUUUGUUUUUUCAUUUUGAGACAUGAUCAUGUCUAAUAUCAGAUUAAAUAUUUAAAAUUGUCUAUUUGGUUUUGAUGAGCUUUGAUUGAUUUGAUAAGUAUAAACCCUCUUGUUCAUCAUUCGAUUUUCUAUUUGUUAAGGGAUUUUUUUUUAAUCAAUAAUGACUAAUUAUGUAUACAUUUCAAUCAGGACUGACUAAUCAGAAUACUAAUUAUGUUACUGUAUAUGUAUGAAUUUUCUUUUAAUCCUAGUACUGAAUAUAAUGUGUGUAAAUAUAAUCAAGAAUUAGAACAAUGACUGGUAGAAAUGAAUGAGCUUAUCGUCAGACUGGCUAGAAUGCUUAUCUACACAGGUAGACCUUGGCUCGGUCAUAAAUGAUCUAAAUUGGUGGGAGACGAUGUGGGAAGGCUUGAGAACUAUACAGCCAUUGUACUGGUGUGGAGAAGAGACGGUACAAAGACUAAUGAUGUCAUUUUCAGUUUAUAACCCGUUGUAAAAUGUUUCAUGUUCAGUACUCUCGAGAAUAAACGCUGCUGAUUGAUUUUGA